AUGGAGUCCUUUUACGCGAAGAGAAAAGGUGGGCCUUAUGCAGAGGCUGCCUUCGAGCGAGCAAAGAGUCAGGACAGGAUUGGAUCUUGUGAAGGAAUAAAGUGUUACAUAUGUGACGGUUCACAAUCAGAUUGUACAAAAAAUCUAGGCAAAAGCCAAGAUUGUUCAUCACUGCAAACAAAUUCGACGACACCAGAUCCGACGACACCAGAUCAGACGACACCAGAUCCAACGACACCAGAUCCAACGACACCAAAUUCGACGACACCAAAUUCGUCGACACCAAAUUCGUCRACACCAAAUUCGACGACACCAAAUUCGACGACACCAAAUUCGWCRACAYCAAAUUCGUCAACAYCAAAUUCGWCRACACCAAAUUCGACGACACCAAAUUCGACGACAUCAAAUUCGACGACGAGUUCUAAAUUGGAUCUAACAGAAUCAGAUUCUAUGUCUAUUGAUUGGUUUAAAGAACUCGAAAACAUAACGUAUGAAUGCUUCGAGGUACAUACAACUAUAAAAAAUCGUACAAGUUUGAGAAAUGAAGUACAUCGAGGAUGUUCUCUAAAGGACUCGUUGACUUGUAGUAUGUUUGAAUAUCCUGACGUAGAGCAAACAAGUUGUCUUAUAAGAACUUGUGAAACUGACAACUGCAAUUCUUCAAGUAUGGAAAAAAUGGGAAUAGUUUCACUGCUUUUACCUUUAAUCACAGCGUUACUGCGCACAAGAUAGAUAUUUCAUUGUUAAUACUGACAUAAUAAUAUGACGUGAAUUGUAUUUCUAUAAAAAGUAGGCAAUAAAAACUGAUCGAGAAAUAUUAAAGUUAUCAUAGUCAUAUAUUUCUGUCAAAAAAAUAUUUUUAUGAAAUUUAAAUCUAAGAAGUUUAUUGAAAUGAACAAUAUCUUGAUAAUGAAUGUUAAAAUAAAUUAUACUAUUAAUUAUU